AGGUUGUUUUUGUGUGGAUUGUGAAACUAGUAGACUGGAAGCCAUAAAAUUAUCACAACAGUAUUGUACCGUAAAGUAUCUAGACUGGACAUUUAAAAGACUGUGUAUUGUAUUGACCGCUAAGCACCCCAAAAUUAUUCUGAUAAAAACUAUACCGUUAUUCUACUAGGAGAAGACAGAGAUAAAGAAAGGACAAGGCCCGAUGAAGCUUGUAGCUCUGUUCUUGUGUAGCGCCGCUUGCUGCUGUGCUGCAGGGGCGUCUGUCCCAGAAUCCCAAGGAGAUGACUGUCCAUCUCCAUCUUGGGUUCAGUUCAACAACAACUGCUACACUUUUCUUCAUGAAACAUUAAAGAACUCACUUAAUAUUGGAGUUGCUCGAGAUCUUUGCAAAGUUUCAGGUGCUGACAUCAUAAGUGUCAAUAGCGAAGGAGAAAAUGCAUUUCUAUUAAAUAUGUUUCAGACAGAAUGGAAGGGCCCUCAGGACAUUUUGCUGGGUCUGUUCUAUGACGUUGAUGACAAUUCUCUUAAAUGGUACGACAAUUCUGAGGUAACAUUUACAAACUGGAGAGAUGAACAGCAACAAGUCAAUGAGGAUUUAAGCACAUGCAUUAAAAUGAACACAGAAAGUGGUUUGUGGGAUGUAAUCAGCUGUGAACAUUUUCUGGAAAUAGGAACAUUGUGUAAAAUGAGGUCAAAUAUCCAAAAGGAGAAAAAACAAACUGGUCAAAAAGCUUUAUUAAUUACUUUGAUCAUCACUGUUGCCCUCCUCGUAGGAAUAGUUUCAACGGUAUUAUUGGUACUGUACAAAGGAAAACCUCUCUCUUCUGGAUUUAUGUCUAGAAAUCAGCAUGUGGUGUCACAAGUUCUUCCUUACAGUGAUGAGACUAUUUUAGUGGACUCGAUGGAAAAGGAGGACUCUGCAUGAAGGAUACUAUUCUAUGCCGGCUUAAAAACUAGUACCUGUAAAAAUGUAUACAGCUAUUCUAUUUUACAGUGGUGAAAAUAUGUAUUGUUACCCAUGUCAGGUUAUCAUUAGAGAUCCACAAAUACAGGUUAAAAGAACAUUAAUGGUGAUCCUCAUUGACACCUUAAAGAUCCAGAAUUUCAGUAUAUCCAUAUCUUAUGCACAGAUGACUUCAUCAAAAUGUGCUCAGACAUGGAUAUGUCUACUGAGGUUCUGGAGGUUGGAGCCAUGAAUCAUUGCUUAAAAAUAUCAACAUAUUCAUAGACCUUGGUUAUCAGGAGGUGCAUCAGACUUUAGUAAGAAUAGUAUGCAUAGCAGUGAUCUACAUUCAUAAAUAACCUAUUCAGGCUCUCCUGUCUCACCAAUUAAUAUGUUAUAUAGAGGGCAUUAGCUAAAAAAGGAAGACAUGAUUGACCGUUUGUGAAUAGAAUUCAUAAAACAACAUUAACCAAUGAGAAUGGAGAUGCUUUUAUUAAAAUUGAGUCAUAUCGCUGCAUAUCCUGUUGCAUAUUUCCAUAGUAGUCAUCUGUCUAUUUGAAAAAAAAAAUGUAAAAUUAAAUAAAAGUAACUUCUCAACUAAUUACUUAGUGAUUGUUCUGGAAUGUUUUGUUUUUAUACAUAUUGCAUUUAAAGGGACCUAAUACUCAGUUUAUAAUUUGUUCUAUUUAAGAGACUCAAAAAUUGUAUUAUAGUGCUAGUUUUUUUGUUUUCUUUUAAAUGUAUCUUCCUGUACUAAAUAAGCCAACUUUUUUCUGUUAUUUGUCUCUAUUAGCCAGAGAACACAACCAUGCACUUCCUAUUAGUUUCACUUUAAAUGUAAACAUCUUUUACUUAACCCCUUAAUGACAACAGUACUUUUCAAUUUUCUGUCCGUUUGGGACAAAGGCUAUUUUUACAUUUUUGCGGUGUUUGUGUUUAGCUGUAAUUUUCCUCUUUCUCAUUUACUGUACCCACACAUAUUAUAUACUGUUUUUCUCGCCAUUAAAUGGACUUUCUAAAGAUACCAUUAUUUAUAUCAUAUCUUAUAAUUUACUAUAAAAAAAAUAUAAAAUAUGAGGAAAAAAUGAAAAAAAAAAAAACACUUUUUAUAACUUUUAGUCCCAAAAUCUGUUACACAUCUACAACCACCAAAAAACACCCAUGCUAAAUAGUUUCUAAAUGUUGUCCUGAGUUUAGAAAUACCCAAUGUUUUUUUUUGCAAGUUAUAUGGCAAUAAAUACAAGUAACACUUUGCUAUUUCCAAACCACUUUUUUUCAAAAUUAGCGCUAGUUACAUUGGGACACUGAUAUCUUUCAGGAAUCCCUGAAUAUCCCUUGACAUGUGUAUAUUUUUUUUUAGAAGACAUCCCAAAGUAUUGAUCUAGGCCCAUUUUGGUAUAUUUCAUGCCACCAUUUCACCGCCAAAUGCGAUCAAAUACAAAAAAUUGUUCACUUUUUCACAAAUUUUUUCACAAACUUUCGGUUUCUCAAUGAAAUUAUUUACAAACAGCUUGUGCAAUUAUGGCAUAAAUGGUUGUAAAUGCUUCUCUGGGAUCCCCUUUGUUCAGAAAUAGUAGACAUAUAUGGCUUUGGCGUUGCUUUUUGGUAAUUAGAAGGCCGCUAAAUGCCACUGCGGCACAUACGUGUAUUAUGCCCAGCAGUGAAGGUUUUAAUUAGGGAGCUUUUUGGGGUAAUUUUAGCUUUAGUGUAGUGUAGUAAACAACCCAAAAUAUUGAUAUAGGCCCAUUUUGGUCUAUUUCAUGCCACCAUUUCACCGCCAAAUAUGGUCAAAUAAAAAAAAACUUAAAAUUUUUCACAAUUUUAGGUUUCUUACUAAAAUCAUUUACAAACACCUUGUGCAAUUAUGGCACAAAUGGUUGUACAUGCUUCUCUGGGAUCCCCUUUGUUCAGAAAUAGCAGACAUAUAUGGCUUUGGCGUUGCUUUUUGGUAAUUAGAAGGCCUCUAAAUGCCGCUGCGCACCACACGUGUAUUAUGCCCAGCAUUGCAGGGGUUAAUUAGGGAGCUUGUAGGGAACUUGUAGGGUUAAUUUUAGCUUUAGUGUAGUGUAGUAGACAACCCAAAGUAUUGAUCUAGGCCCAUUUUGGUAUAUUUCAUGCCACCAUUUCACUGCCAAAUGCGAUCAAAUAAAAAAAAAUUGUUUCCUUUUUCACAAACUUUAGGUUUUUCACUGAAAUUAUUUACAAACAGCUUGUGCAAUUAUGGCACAAAUGGUUGUAAAUGCUUCUCUGGGAUCCCCUUUGUUCAGAAAUAGCAGACUUAUAUGGCUUUGGCGUUGCUUUUUGAUAAUUAGAAGGCCGCUAAAUGCCACUGCGCAUCACACGUGUAUUAUGGCUAGCAGUAAAGGGGUUAAUUAGGUAGCUUGUAGGGAGCUUACAGGGUUAAUUUUAGCUUUAGUGUAGAGAUCAGCCUCCCACCUGAAACAUCAGACCCCCUGAUCCCUCCCAAACAGCUCUCUUCCUUCCCCCACCCCACAAUUGUCCCCGCCAUCUUAAGUACUGGCAGAAAGUCUGCCAGUACUAAAAAAAAAGGUAUAUUUGGUUUGUUUGUUUUUUAGCAUAUUUACAUAUGCUGCUGUGUAGAAUCCCCCCUUAGCCCCCAACCUCACGGAUCCCCCAUCAAACAGUUCUCUAACCCUACCCCUCUAGCUUAAUGGGCGCCAUCUUGGAUACUGGCAGCUGUCUGCCAGUACCCAGUUUAUUAAAAAAAAUAAUUUGAAUAUUUGUUUUCCCUUUUCUGUAGUGUAGCUUCCCCCUCCCCUCUCUCAGAACUCUUCUAUUGUUUAGAAAUAAAAAUUACCCCAAUUUUCCCCCAAUUUUUUAUUUUUCUGUAGUGUAGCGGUUCCCACCCGCUCCCGCCCGUGCACGCGCCCGCCGCCCCCGUGCAUGCGUGUCUGUGCGCGCCCCCUGACAAAUUCCUCCUCUGAUCCGGCCUCCGAUCCCGCCCCCCCUCCACAUCACAGGCCGCCCACCCGCCUCCCUCCUUUGCUGCCACCCACCAACGAUGCUCCGGUGCAGAGAGGGCCACAGAGUGGCUCUCUCUGCAUCGGAGGCUUGUAAAGGGGUAUUGUAGGAUGCCUCCAUAUCGAGGCAUCACUGCAAUACCCUCAGAGCUGCUGGAAGCGAUCUUAAUCGCUUCCAGCACUCUGUUAGACCACAGACGUACCAGGUACGUCUAUUGUCAUUAACUGCUUGUUAAUGCAUGACGUACCUGGUACGUCAGUUGUCAUUAAGGGGUUAAAGGGACAUUAAAGCCUCAGUUAAACGUUCCUGGCUUAGCUAGAACAUGAGAUUGUAAACAAUUUUCCAAUUUACUUCUGUUGACAAAUUUGCUUUAUUAGGAGCUCAACAAUGUAUAACACAUCUACAAAGAAUGUUUGUAGAGUUCUUAAGAAACUCAAAGCCUACCUAGAUUUACUCUUUAAAAAAGGAUACCAAUAGAACAAAGCAAAUUUGGUAACAGAAAUAAACUGGAAAGCUGUUUAAAAUGUCCGGCUCUAUCUGAAAUAUAAAAGUUUAAUUUGAAAACUUUUCUUUAAUGAGUCAGAUAACAUGCAAUUUAAAAUGACUUUCCAAUAUAAUUCUAGUAUGUAAUUUGCUUACUUCUCUUGGUAGAAAUGCACUGCUAGGAGCAAGCUAUUGAUUGGUGGCUAUACAUAAAUGCUAUUUGCUCACACAGGGCAAGAUUACGCGGUAUGGGUUUUCGCAAUCAAUUUCCAUUGCACAGGUAUGAUAAGUCUUGAGAAAUCGCGAUUGCGCGCACACAUUCGCCUUUAAUGCAACAAUCCUCUCCGCGCUCGAAGAGCUGUAGUUAACAGUUUUCCGAGGCAAAAAGUUUCACGAAAAACUUCAAAAAUACAUUAAAAAGUACAGAUACACUCAUAUUUUAAAAAUUAAAUUAAAAAAAUAUUGCACACAAAAGUUAUAAGAGCUAAAAGACAGAAGAUCUUGAGUUUUAGAAAAAAAAAUGCAGACGCAGGGAUUUUAUAUUGACAUACAUACACAUACAUAGAGAAACAUGGAUUUAUAUGUAUAGAGAUAUGUUUAACUCCUGAGAUAAUGAAAAUAUUUCACAUUACAAUCUUAUGCACAUUAAAUAAUAUCUCAGAGGGAUCUUCAAAGAGAUCAUCGCAUAUAGAUCUCGAGAUAUCUAGAUAUAUAUAAUCAUAUACAUAUCUUGCUAUAGAUAAACUGUAUAAGUCCAAAAAUCAUCACCUAUAUAGUGAAAUAUUUAUUUUAGAACAUAUUCCUUUUUCGAAAACACUCUCACAAUAUGAAAUAUUCGCAUUUUCAUGUACACUUUUCCAGGAGAAAACGUCAUACAUAUCUUGCUAUAGAUAGAUAUAUCAGUCCAAAAAUCAUCACAUAUAUAGUGAAAUAUUUAUUUAUAAAUAAAUAGAACAUAUUCCGUUACAAAAACAUUCUCACAAUGUGAAAUAUUCGCAUUUUCAUGUACACUUUUUGAGGAGAAAAUGUCAUGGGGUUUGCGCAACAGAUUAGGAUUUUAGUGUUUAUUUUUUCUAUUUGUCUACUCCAUUGACUGCUAUGGGGGAAUACGUGAAUAAGUUAUUUUGAAACUUGUAAUAGCUGCACAACUCCAGAUGCAAAAAAGCCAUAACGCGCGUAGUGUUUUCACAACUGAUUUGCCGCACCACAUGUAAUCUUGCCCACAGUGUGUCCAGCUAGCUCCCAAAAGUGCGUUGCUGCUCAUUUAACAAAGGAUACCAAGAGAGACAUUUUAAUAAUUGAAUUAAAUUGGAAAGUUGUUAAAACUUACAUGCUGUAUCUAAAUUGUGAAAUAAACAUUUUGGGUUUCAUGUCCCUUUAACUUUUAAUAUUGCAAAAAAAAAAAAAAUGUUUUCUUUCUGCUCUUUCAUAUACAUGAUUUAAACAUUUUGAGUAAUAUGUCUGAGAGAAACUAAAGGUUGUUACAUCUUAUUGUAUUAAAACAAAGUGAAAUUACAGUGGAAAUUAAAGUCUAUUUUCUAUUACAAA